AUGUCAGCGAUACUGCCCCGUGAAAUCUUCCCCGAUCUGGUCUUGGGCAACUUGGGCACGACACAAGCUUGGCGAAAUGCGGCGACGGGACCCACAAUCUUUCGCACUGAUGCAAUGGCUGCGGAAAUCACAUCAUCCUUUGACCUUUUGGAGCUGGAACUCAUCACCAAUAAGCCAAAUGGGACGUGGCCUGGAAUGGCAAUGUAG